GUGAAAUGUGCAAGAUUUUGGUCCAAUUUAUCACGUAAAACUUUAAGUAAUGUGAAACGAAGCAUAUUUGAGGUGUUCUAUGAACUCAAGUUUUUACCGAACAUCUGAAGUUUUCUUAGGACGUCUUUACUAUGUCUUUACGGUCAGGCCGAAGAGAAUUCGAACAUUUCAAUGUCUCCUUUCCAGACGAGCGAAUAAUUCAAGUCACGUUGAACAGGCCGGAGAAGCUCAAUUGUAUCAACAAAGCGACAAGUCGAGAGAUUCAAAAGAUUUGGGAAAGCUUCGACCAAGAUGAAAGUCUUUGGGUCGGAAUUAUUACGGGCAAUGGCAGAGCUUUCUGUACAGGAGCUGAUCUAGAGGAGUGGAAUAAGAUGAACGAGGCCGGUAUAGUCAACGACAUGACAGCCCCGGGUCUUGCCGGCCUACCGCGCCGAGGUGGCAAAAAACCAAUCAUUGCAGCGGUCAACGGCAUAUGCAUGGGCGGAGGCUUCGAAAUGGUCGCGAAUUGCGAUAUGGUCGUUGCUGCUUCCACAGCGGUCUUCUCGCUACCGGAAGUCAAGCGCGGAAUUGUCGCGGUAGCAGGAUGCUUGCCUCGCUUGAACCGAGUGCUGGGCCUUCAGCGCACGGCCUACCUCGCACUCACUGGCAGGACCGUAAAUGCAAAGACAUUGUACGAGUGGGGCCUGGUGAACGAGUUGGUAGAGAGUGCCGAAGAGACGGCGCAAGCAGCGCUUCGACUGGCCCAAGAAAUGUGCAAAAACAGCCCAGAUGCGCUGAUAGUGGGCCGUCUUGGGAUCCGAAUGAGCUGGGAGAUGGGCAGCGUGGAAGACGCGGCGACCAGCUUGGCCGACACGGAGUAUCCCAAGCUGAUGAGCGGGCCAAAUUUUCGUGAGGGCAUCAAAGCAUUCGUCGAGAAACGGCCGCCACAGUGGGUAAACUCGAAGCUUUGAGACUCGGCGUGGGAAGAGAUGGCAUGGCCAGCCAUCUGAUUAGACAAGAUUAGAUGUGAAAAGUGGUCCCGUCGGCCAAGCGCCAAAAAAAAGAGACAAGGAUUUCGCACGACACGCUCCACAAGCUCCCUGCCUUUUUUUGUAAUGUUCUUUCUGCAGCCAAGCUACAAAACAGCACAAGCACAGCGGUCGCUGCAGGAUCUUCGAGGAAAAAGUUUUCAUCUUAUCAGAUGACAUCGGCUUCACCCUUGUCGCCAUGGGGUUGAUGUCAUGGAUCCUGGCUAUCGGGCAUGAGCACUAGGGAGGUUUAACGCUAUGUAGCUCCAAGGGUUGCCCACGCCUGUGUUAUAUUACGGUAAUAUACGAAGGUGGUUUGACUUGCUCUUUGACCUUCCUGCUAUUCU